UUCAGUCACUGCUGUUCUGGGUGUAGCACUGUGUUAAUUGGGCUUCAAACUUCAAUUGUUAGUGAAUAACUCGGAUAAUAUUGUAACUAUCUCUUUAAGCUGACUAGCAUCUCUUAUUUUUUUGAAGGAAUCACAUUUGAGAUGGCUGCGCCAAAACCAACUUCAAGAUUUAUCAGUAAAGAACGAGGGAAAAUCACUGCUUUGCCAUUAUACUGUGACGGAUUUGUACAGAAAAAACAUACAGGAGAAAAGGAUUUUAAGAGAUAUUUUGCAGAACUCAGAGGGUCCACCAUUUUCCUGUAUUCAGAUGAGGAAAAUGCCACAUAUACUGAAAAGCUUGAGUUACAGAACCUGAAGUCAAUGGAUACUGGGAGUCUGAAAAGAAAGUAUAUCUCGGCAGAGUUCACUCUAAUACUGCUGAAUGAGGAAGUUCAACUCAAGAUUGAAAAUCCUGAUGCCGGAGAGAAAUGGAAAGGGUUUAUUCUUACAGUGGCUAAGCUGGAAAUUCCUAGCAGGCUUCAGCUGCUUCCUGGACAACUGCUAAGACUGAAGGAAGUGUUGAAAGACGAAAAGGAACGGCAAGCAAGACAGCCUGUGCCUGUAAAAGAGCAAGAACCACCUGAGGCUUAUGAUGAUGUAAUAACAAAUGUUCCACAGUGUUUCUACUCCAUUUCUCGAUACAAAGCCAUAGAAAUGCUGGCUGAAUCCCCAGAGUUUGGAAACAUGAUCUUAAGACCUGGCAGUGAAAAGAUGAGUUUUGCAAUAACGGUCAGGCAGCUGCUCACAGAUGGACCAACUGAAAAGCAUUACAAAGUGAUGUGUGUAGAGAAUGGCUUUUCCAUAGAGCUUGAUACUCCUGUCACUGUUUGCAGCCUCUGCGAUGUUAUUGAUCAUUUUGUAAAAGAGUCUAACGGAUAUCUCAGACCUUACAUCCAGCCACACACUUAUGCUACCACAAUUGACCAGCCAGUUGUGCUCAGUGAAAGAAAACAUCAGCAGAAGAGGCAAAUCCCUCGGGCAGUAGUUUCUCCAAUGAUCCAAACCCCUCCUCCAACUCCAACUCAAAGCUCUGCGAAUGAAUAUCUUGAAGUUGACAACGCCAAUGAAGAUGGACUUGGCAAAAUAAAUCAUCUGAAUUUGAAGGACGAUCAUCCCCCAAUCCGGAACGUUCCAGUGCCAGACUCUGGGUUUUCAGAGGAGCUUUUAAAGGCAUUACAGAAAAGGAGAGCGACUAUUAACAAUUAAUUUAUCUGGAUGUAUCAAAUCAGUUUGACCGAAACCCACCCAUCACUGAGACGUGUCAUGGUCUGUCAGAUCCUGUGUACUGCAGUGCAUAAAGCACUUUUUACUAUAUGUACUUCUGAGAUUGAAUAGUAAUAUAUUUGAUGCAAGGGUGCAUCAUGUCUACUGGGACACACUAAAUGGUUAAAUAGUCAUAACCCUUGCUAAAUUAUCUUUAAGUGCCAUGCAGUGUUUCAGCAAAACUGGCCUGGACAUUUUGAAGAACUACCAAUACACACCUCUAAUCUAUUGCAGUAUUGGUCGUUUAUAUAUAUAUAUUCCGUUUGCAGAUGGUUUCAAUUAUAAAACUAAGAAAUAUAUAUAAUGUAGUAAAUAAUAUCCACUUACAUGUCGUGAUUUAUGAUGCAUCAUUUGCUUUUGUGUAUCUUUCUAUGUUUUCAAUUUUUUGUUCAUUGUAAAAAAACUGAAAUCUAGUUAAAACAGGGGUGUCCAAUCACGGUCCUGGAGGACCAUUCCAAUCCAGGUUUAACAGGUAAAAUGAGAUAAUUAACUGGUUCAGAAUCUGGAUGCAUGUUUAAUUGGUUCAAUUAAACAAUUUAGAACAGGGUUGGAAGAAAGACCAGAAGGGCCAACUUUGGCCAAGUGUGAGUUACAGUGUAAUCCAUGGUUUACCAAACCUGGUCCUGGGGACCCCCUGUUGUCUUAUGGUUUUCAUUCCAACUGAGGUCUCAAUUACUUAACU